CACGCAUAAUGUUUUGGAGAGGUGGUCACUUUGGAUGCAAAUACAUCAAAAAAAUCCUGUGACCGCCUACAACAUAUCCAUCGAAAUAGUAAUUGCAAGGCGCUGUUGUUGACAGGUUGAUUUUUUUGUUUUUAAUCAGCAGGUUCAAGUAGGUUGAUCUUGAUGUUUCUACUUAUGCCUACCCAUCUUGUUCCAGACAACACGCCAGUCGUUGUUUCUUCAUCCUCCCCACCCGUUUACACCUGAUUGCACCAGACACAGGCCCGGCAAGUUUUGCAACGUCGUUUGUCGCGUAGUAUCGUAUACCGUUCGUCUGUCACGAUAAAUAUGCCAGAACUGGUCCUGUCAAAAAGGGUGAAUUCACCGGGCAAUGAUUUUAGCUCGUCCGGCAGCACUCCAACCACGAUCCGAACCGGGGGCCGACCGUACCCCUUCCGCAGCCGUGGCUACCCCAGCACGACAGUGAGAACUUUUCCAAGAACGAAAUGCAAGCUUGUGUUUUGCGCGACAGCGAAAUUUCUGACGCAAAACUUUCUCUACUGGGGAAGUGACAAUGCAGUGGGAACGGCAGGUCUUGCAGCAACGACGAGUCCUCUGGUGAAAUUGUUCGCUAGGAAGCGAAAAACUACACGGAGGCUCAAGCAUGGAACUUCUACAGUGGUGGAGAAGGAAACUGAUCCGGUGCUGCUCUCUGUCCCGGGAGGGCCGCGUAUGACUAGGAAGCGAAGUAUUAAGCUGUCGUUUGUGGAAGCGCAAGCAAAUGCAAAUGCAAAAGAGACCAUGAGGAGCGAAGUGGUGGAAACCACCAGGACCGCCACGUCGUCGGGUCAAGAAAACCAAAAGGCCGUCGGGCCGCGUGACACCAGAAGGAGAUCAACUAUGAAAUGCAAAAAUGUCUGGGUCUGGAAGAUUGCUGCAUUUGUGAUGCAUGUCUGACAUGACUCAAGAAUCUGUGAUGCAUGGGCACCGAACGGUCUUCGUACCUGUCAUGCAAAAACGCAGCUUGCCAUGCGGAACACGCAACACAUAGGAGCUCAAAAAUUUGUCAUGCGUGGCACCGUAUUGCAGUGGAACUCUCACUCACUUUUAGCAUCACAAGUUUCCAGACCCAGACAUAUUUGCAGUGCAUAUCAACAGCCCCAGUUGUAGCGUUGUUAGAAGGAGGGACAACGAGGUAGCAAAUGCAAAUAUUAUGUCUGGUGGUCUGGAAGAAUUCAUCAUGUUAGUUUUGGACAUUCAUAUUAGGCAAGCACGCAGGGCAGGACAAGAGCCGCAGAGCAGGACAAGAGCCGCAGAGCAGGCUUCUCCAUGCCAGCGUGCAUGAGAACAAAUGCCCUCUAGUACUGCGGAAGACAAGAAGCGCGCGCCUCUUGCUGACUAUCCAGCAGAGGUGCAACUAGUUGCCUACUCCAGGAGACUCGGGGGCAUCACAAGGAAGUUGGCAAGAUGUUUCUAAGUACACCCAGACGUAUUUUUUGCAAUGCAUACGAGGUCAGAGCUAAUGAAUAAAGUAAAAAUAACCACGAAAACCGCCACAUUCACGUAUGCGACCAAUUGCAGAGUGGGUACCGUGAGUAUCACCAGAAAGAACUGCGAACGCCACCCACAAAUAAGAAGUUUAGAACUCCAGAAAAUAAUAUAUGGCUGUUACGUUGCACUUGCAGUUGUACUUCCUUGCAUCAUUUGUUUCCACCGACAUCAAGUGACUUUUUGUACUCAUGCGGCAGGACGAUGAUUAUACUCUACUAGGCAGGUUCAUUUUACAACGGCAAGCUUUAUUGGCACGGCUAGGCUGUGAGCCGAGCAACAGCUGCAACAGCACAGGGCAAAGUUUGAGGUAUUUCUAGCAUAACGCUCUCGAAGAUGAAAAUACUGUUUCUGCAGCCCCCGUAUAUGAAAACAAGAACAAGCGCGAAAGAUUGUCUUUUACACUACCACGGGAAAGUGGGUGGGGCGAUUUUCCAUCUUGAGAAGGGAAGCCCUGCACACGCUCGGAAACAUUGGGGGCUGCUGGUUUGGAGGCUGCUACAACGUGGGCCCAUGGGAUAUGGCGUUCUCAACUCUUUACAUUCUCAGCUGUUGCGUGAAUUUGUCAUGCAAAAACAGCAAUAGGGAAAGGGGAAAGCUUGCAAGUCUUGCAUCACAAAUUUGGCACGGAUUUAGAUGCUGUUUAGCCCUUCGAUAAUUUGUCAUGCGAAGCAGCUUGAUCGCCUCGCGGCUCAUGGUCAUUUUGCAUCACAAAUUCAUGUAACAGUUGAGAAUGUAACAUUUGAGAACGCCAUAUGGGCCGAGUGGAGCCAUGUGGACACGGACAAUCAUGUGUGGUUCGUACUACAGUGAAAAAUGCUCCCGUGCAUGAAAGUAGUAUGAAAGUAGUAUGAAUCUUUCUGAUGCAGAGUCUACUAGGCGUACAUGGCAUCGCUUGCAUGACAAACGCCGCUCUCGCUGGGAUCUUUUGCAAUGCAAACUUUUGCUAUUCACGAUUGGAAAUCUGUGAUGCUGAUAGAUGCAAGAGGGCGAAUGUUUCAUGUAAGGUUUGCAAUACAAAUACUCACAUGUCCGGAAGUGGGGGCAUUUUUCAUUGUAAUAGUUCGACCGCACAGAGUGCAACGGACAGGACAACGCUGUGGUAGAGCUGACGUCCCCGCACACCUUUCAAAAGCGCAGAAGGAAGUGCGCCUUCAAGCACUGCAUAGGGGAAUAUGCAAGACAUUGUAACGGGUCCAGUGCGUGCAAGGACGGCUCGGGGAGCGCAAUUGAGGAGGGACGGAGCUGGAUCUGCACACUCCCGAACUGUGUGAACAUCGGCGCGGACGGGGUGCCAGAGCCACAGGAGAAGCCCGUCGACAUGACCUCUACGGCGGCUCCCGACACGUCCUCUGUGAUAGAUCAGCUCUUUAGCAGCAGCACGACCACGACGACAACAGCGCCGCCUAAUCAGGUGGAGCAAGUAGAGCAGUCUGGGGACGACAGUGUCCUUCCGACAGGCGACCGCUAUCAAAUGUAGAAAUGUCUGGGUCUGGAAGAGUCAUGCUGUUUUUGCACGACACAGAAGGUCUGGCAUGGAUACUCUAGCAUCACAGGUUUCGAGAAGCUUCCGUCAUGCCGAAUCUGCAUGACAAAUCCCCCAUUCUGGUGACAGAAAGUGGGCAGCUUUUGCUAACUAUGCAUGAGAGAUCUUUCUGUGUUCUGAAAUGCGCAUCACAAGUUUGUAUUCUUCCAGACCCAGACAUUUUUGCAAUCCAUAACCGCGAAGCGAUAGCAACAGUAACGGACGGGGCCGCGAAUCAAGAACCCGCUGUGCCGGGCGUAAGCGCCGCGAAUGCAGCCACCCUGGCGGCUGACCCGCUCGCGGGGGGCGAUGGGCCUUGCUCGACCGCCAGCCUCGGGCUGCUCAUUGCCGGCGGCGUGCUUGUCUUGCUGCUGUGCGGUGUGGCAGGGAGAUGCUGUCGCCAGGAGUACUGCUAUGCAGACGACGACUUUUUCUUCGAAGAAGCAGAGCCGUUUGCAGAAGACGGAGGCGCCUUGGGGGCGGCGUUCUACGACGACGGCGCAGGUUAUGGAUGUGUCAGAGUUGAAAGCGACAAAGUUGAAAUGAUUUGUCAUGCAUAGAAUGGAUGCCAGUUGGAACCCAGUUUUCAAGUGGCGCAUGACAAAUUUUGGUGGUCUCUAAGUCUAGUUUGUCAUGCUGUUUAGGCAAUAAAGAAGAGUGAUUUUCUCAUGCUACUUUAGCAGCUCGAGCUGUAACCACAAACAGGCUUACAAUCGGCCUCCCUUGCCUGCUCUGCAACACACGUGCCUCGGGUCAUGCAUUUUAUGCAUUACAAAUUCUUUCAACUUUGACGAUUUCAAACCUGGCGCUUCCAUACAGGUGGCUAUGAUUUUUACGAAGAAGAAUGGUACGGAAAUAAAGGGAAGAGCAAAGGUGGCUACGAUUCUUACUACGGAACAAGCAGCUAUGCGCCACCGCGCGGCCCGAGCAAGGGUAUGGGGUGGAGUACUAAGGGCGGCGGCGGAGGGAAAGGGAGCAAAUGGGGAGGAGGGUACGGAAAGGACAGUUGGAUAUACUGAAAAAGGAACAUCAACAAGAACAUCGGUUGAAAACCAGGGAAAACGGGUGAGGAGAAGUAAUCUGAAGGGCUACAACUUCACGGAGUUCGCUUUUAUCACGUCAAUACAAGAAAAUAAGAAACAAGCGUAAAUUUGUUUUUGUUGCUUUACCGUGCCGUUUGUCGAUGCAUCAUCAGGCACGCAUGGUGAAGAUCUGGUGUCGGUGACAGUCCGUGCGGAGGCUUCUGAAAAAGGAUCUCUCAAAAUGAUAAAACACUAGCAACUUCUGGAAAGAUGCUAACGCUGUAGAGAAACUACCAUUUUUUUCCAAAAC